GAUGCCUGUGUUUCCUUGUCGUUGUGUUUUCCAGAGGUUUGCAGAGGAGGAACCCUGAAGAGUAUGGACUCCACUCCAGUGACUGAACUAAAGGGUCAGUUGAAGGGGCCUUAGAAUGGGACCACUCCUCACUUCCUCACAUGUCCGAAAGUGCACUUCAAUAUCUACCUCUCAGUGACUCCUAGGCCUAUAGGGACGGCUGACUACUUAUCACUGGUAUUGCGCUGAUCUGAGUCAGCUUUAAUCAAUGAAACACCUUGCUCAGUAGACGUCUGCCUACAUAGGUAAACAGUUGUAAGCAUGGAGUUCUCCGUGGUUUGACCUUGUUUUGAGGUCUUUAGCAGUUAGCGACAUCAGCUUUCCCCACACACUCCCGGAGACCAGAGAUGAGUGUGUCUCAGCCCGGGGAACGCGUCCCCGUCGGGGGCAUGAAUGGCUCCGGAAUGAGGCUCCCCCUCCUCCGCACCGGCGACCAAAAUGGCAAUGCUUUCCCUGUCUCCUCUUCCUCCUCCUCUUCCUCCCCAGACUCCCUGCAGAGUCUGAGCAGCCUGGACGUCGACAUGGAAUGUGUGAUGUCGACCCAAAUCAAAAUGGCCGCUAUCUCACCAGCUGGGGAACUGCCUCAGACUGAAUUCUCUGAAUCCAACGACAACUCGGUGUCCGUCUACCUGGACGCUGAUGAGGACUCCUGGAACGACAACCUGACCCUCGCCAUGAGCAUUGCUGGGAUACGGGAGCAUAGUAACGGUAGCCAAGGUGAUCUCCAUGACAACGUUAGCAGUGUGGCGAGCAACAGCGGUAGGAGAAGGGACUCUUCCCCGGACUCGGCGGCCACAGAGAUCCCAGGUGACGAGGGUGAUGUUGAGGAUGAUGAGGAAGGGUUGUUCCUGUCGGUGAGCUCGGACAUGGUGAUGAGGAGAAUCAGCCUGAUCGACUCGGAGCGGCGCCCCAGCAGCGGGGUGUCCAUCCUAGAGGACUCGGACACGGACUCCCCCUUCACCACGGCUCCCAUCCAGGCUCCACUCUCCGCCCCAUUGCCUGACCUCUGUAAGGGCCUUGAGGGGAGGAAGAGACCUCAUGCUGGGACCAUCACCAUGGAACUCCAGAACCUCCAGACUGGGGCUAGCAGCUCACCGGGUCUGCCCGAUAGACAGGCACUUCAGGUGGGGGUGGAUCUGCCCGAGGAGGCCUGCACUCUGGAUGUUCUCCCCAUGGUGGAGGCAGUGGACACCGAGCCUAUUGUGGCACUAGAGGUUAUUCUCAGUGAAACUAUAGUGUCUCCAGAUUCUGAAGGCUUCACUGUAGUCUCCCAGACCUCCACCUCAGUACAAGUCUCCAAGGGUGUGGAUUUGGCAGUGUCCCCCUUUACCGUUCCCCAGUCUCCAAACAAAGGGUCCAAAGGUGCAAGCUCCGCUUUCCGCAAGACCAAGGAACACCCGUGUGCAACUCGGGUCAAACCGAACGCUGCCAUCGCCAAGACAGCGGUCACCACGACAUCCAAACCUGGUAGGACGGACGUCAAGAGGUUCCCCAAACCCGACCUGAAGAACGUCAAGUCUAAGGUCAUGUCCAGGCCCGCCUCUACAACCAGAACAGCCAAUCAGACGCAGGGAAAAACUGCUCCGGCCAAUGAAAAGAAAGCCCCAGACGGAGUCAAAAGGCAAAGGUCGUCUUUGGGUCAAACUAAAGUAGCUUCGCUGAAGCCGAGCCCCAAACCCAGACCCAAUCAAAACACAGAGCCCAGAGUCUCUAACCAAUCUGAGAAGAGGAAGAAGGGCACUUUAGUCAAUGGCAUUCGCUCCACCUCCAGCAGCUCUCUGGGUUCAGAGUUGGCUGUGGAUGGGCACCGUUGGACGCCUGGGGAGGGUCUCCCAAAUGGAGAAGAGGCUACUACCGGAGUGUGUACUACAGGAGUGUGCACUACAGAUGACACUACAGAGGGAGCAGGGGGUGAGACACCUGUAGAACAAAGGAGAAGCAAUGGCACAAAGGUCUCCUCCAAGCUGGGGCCCUCAUCGGUCAGACAGCUGCCCCAGGUCAAGGGCAGGGGGGCCGGGGGAGCGAGCAACACCGGGGGACCUUCCCUGUCUCCCACCUCUCCAGCUCCAGUAGGAGGGAGUUCUGGCUCCAGGCUGCCCCCUCCCGCUCCUCCUACGACGGGGAAGGACGGCCAGACCACUGGGAGCGUGUCUCCACCGAGAGGACGACCAAGUCAGACAGCUGGUAUCCCCAAGCCACGUGUCACAGACAGACCCUCUGGAUUGCCUGGGCCUACUGUGGUGACCUCUAACCCAAAGCCAUCCGUCAACCUGGGGGUAGGUGCUGCUCGCACUUCGGCUGCUGCUGCCGCCGCCGUGUCCAAACUGCCCGUGAAGAACCUACCCACAAGCCUUAGCUCUUCUUCUCUGGGCAGCGCCGCCACCGAGAGUAACGGAUCUUCAGCAGCCCCCAGCAAACUCCCAGCUCCAGUGGAUGGGGGCUGUAUGCCAGAUGAGAGGCCCAGCCAGCCUACAGCUCCAGUGGUGGGGGCUGGUCCAGUUAUCGAUCUGGAUAUCCUCAAUCGGAAAGGAUUGAAUGCAUAG